AUGCCGUGCCAGCUCCUGUCGUCUAGACGUGGAAACGAGCUGCAGCGCAACGGCGGCGCUCAGAUUGCAAUCUCCGGCCGCGGCACCGCGCCGCUGGUCGUCGGCAACGCGCUGCGCGAGGCGCCGGCGGCGGCGGGCGUGCUGUGCUCCGCGGGCGCGCGCGGCUGCGUGCGCUCGAACGAGAUCGUUGGCGCGGGCAAGGCUGGCGUGCGCGUGUGCGAGGGGUCGAGCACGGCGGUGGAGUACAACGGCGUCCGCGGCGGAGGCGAGUGCGGCAUCUCCCUCUCGUCUGGCGCGACGAGCCGCGUGGCAGCAAACGACGUCUCCCGCAACCGCAAGGCGGGUGUGCUCGUGUGGGGCGGCGAGACACGGCCCCUCCUCUGCCGCAACACCGUGCACGACGGCGAGCAAGCGGGCAUCUACCUGUACGCAGCCGCGCGCGGAGUGCUGCUGCGGAACGAGGUGUACGCUAACGCGGGCGCCGGCGUGCUCAUCACCGAGGGCGCGCAGCCGCUCCUGCCGGAGAGCAUGGCGUGGCUGUGA